AUGGGAACAGCGGUUACGCCAGUAGAUUGCUACGUCGAAUUGUUACUACAGCAGAUGCUCCCGAACGAAGAAAGUAGAUGUGCAAUCCAGACGAAACAACACGGAGACAUUACCUUUACGAUCAAGCUGAUGCGCAUAGAGGACCAACAAUACUAUUACGAACAAACUGCCACUAGCGCACUCGAACUUGCUAAACGCUACAAGGCUAACGGUGUAGUAAUGUAUCCCAAGUAUCCAAGUUUUGCUCAAGCUUAUUUCAAUCGGGCUGCUAAAUGUCUGAUGUCCUGGUCACCCAUAGAGCAGUUGGAUCCAGCCAUUGAGGGUCCUGGAAAAAUCGAAGAAAUGCAAGCGUUGUUGCAAACGCUACAGCUCAACAUUUCCGCCUGCCUCAUUAAGGAGAAUCGCUACGAGGAGGCUUUGUAUGUACUUCGCUUUACCGAUCAACAGGAACAACCAUCGGAAAAGGCAACCUAUAGGAAAGCACUGGCUCAAUUUAGGAUAAAUCAGUUCACCGAAGCGAUUGCCACACUGGAGAAGAUCAACUACACUGCCAACAAGGAGUGUUCUGCACUGUACAAACAGAUCGAUGGGGCGAGGCAACAAGAGACCAAUAAGUACACGGCGAUGGUAAAGAAAAUGUUCGGCUAA